UGCCAGAAGCUCACCAAUCUGCGUCCUGGGCUGCGUCAUCACCCCGCGGCCGGUGAGCUUCCUGCUGCAGUACAUCCCGACGCUGAGGGAGAUGGACUACGAUAAUGUGUUCCAGGUAUUUAACGUAAUGAAAGAGUGGGGACUGACUCCAGCCAACAUUGGGACUUGCGAAAAAUUGCACCUGCGUGUCCUCACCUCAACAAACGAAGUUGUUGAUCCUGAAGAUGUUGAUACUGCAAUUGAGCUUUGUCCAUAUGCCACGAACUUCACCCUCAGCAACGCCUACGUCGACAACGACGUCCUCUACAAGGUCAUGCGGAUGGAGAACCUCACCCACUUGAGGAUCACGAACUCGGAGGGACUCACACUCGACUUCCACGAGGGGGUCCUGCCCGUCCUCACCGUCAAGGGCCACCAGCUCCACUCGCUCCUGCUGGUGAAUUUUACGACGGUGGACGUGGCCGCCAUCGGAGAGUGUUGCCCGCGAUUGCAGAACUUGGCACUGAGCAACAUCGGUGUUUACGAAGAAAUCAUGUACCCGAGAGAACAGUACUUCAAUGACAUCAGGAGGAGUCUGUCAGGGUGCUCUAUUGACAUGGCGGAGGUAUGCGCUCUCUAA